UUCGACCGUGUACACGCGCUGUAGCUGUGUAGCCGCCUCUACUAAAACUAGUAAGCGUGGUCAAGAUUUAGCUCAUGAAUAGCUCCAGCUGCACUCUUAAAGUUCUGGAACGCCGCCCCGCAGCCAAGCCAAGCCAAAAUUUUCUGAUUCUGAUUCUGACUUCCUCUAGUAUUCUAAAAAUCUCUACUUCUACUCUCCCUCUUUUCUCCCCUUGCUGGGAACCACUAAUACUACUUCAACGCUAACUCACUUUUGUUUGACGAGUUUCUGUUUUAUUUUUUGGUGGCUUUUCUUCUAUCUAAAAAUUGCGGAAGCCAGUGGUGCUAUAGAGCGGGCCGGCUUUGCGUACUUUAUUUCCCCUGCCUCACAUGAUGGCCUCUCCUUCGCCUGCAUCAACUGCGAGAAGUUAUGAAGUCAUGGGCUUUUCUCAUUUGGGGGCAUGUAGCCGCCGCCGCCCUCAAACACCAAGGAAACCAGACGACACUUCUUUUCUGCUCUACUAUUUCGGCCCGGGCUACGCCGGGGGCGCGGGUAUUAGAAAGGGCCGGCCCCCUUACGCGUGUAACCCCUGGGCCGUGACACCCCGGCGGCGCGUAAAUCUCAGAAAAAAAAAAGAAAGGCGUCGCCGACGUCGCCAGCAGGCUGGCAAGCGCGAGCGAGUCGGGGCAUGUAGGCGCCGCCGCCCUCAAAGUCAAGAAAUACCAAGGAAACCGGCCGAAACUUCUUUUCUGCUGCUCCACUAUUUCGGCCCGGGCUACGCCGGGGGCGCGGGUAUUAAAAAGGGCCGGCCCCCUUAUGUGUGUAACCCCUGGGCCGUGACACCCCGGCGGCGCGUAAAUCUCAGAAAAAAAAAAAGAAAGGCGCCGCCGACGUCGCCAGCAGGCUGGCAAGCGCAAGCGCUGCGGGGCAUGUAGCCGCCGCCGCCUUCCAAGAAAUACGAAUACCAAGGAAACCUGACGAAAGAAACUUAUUUUCUGCUCUGUUUCGGCUCGGGCUACGCCGGGGGCGCGGGUAUUAAAAAGGGGCGGCCCCCUUACGCGUGUAGCAAGCCCCUGGGCCGUGACGCCCCGGCGGCGCGUAAAUCUCAGAAAAAAAAAAGAAAGGCGCCGCCGAUGUCGCCAGCAGGCUGGCAAGCGCAGGCGCUGCGGGGCAUGUAGGCGCCGCCACCUUCAAAGAAAUACGAAUACCAAGGAAACCUGACGAAGGAAACUUAUUUCCGCUCUAUUUCGGCCCGGGCUACGCCGGGGGCGCGGGUAUUAAACAGGGCCGGCCCCCUGACGCGUGUAACCCCUGGGCCGUGACACCCCGGCGGCGCGUAAAUCUCAAAAAAAAAAAAGAAAGGCGCCGCCGACGUCGCCAGCACGCUGGCGCGAUGUAUUUUUGUACCGCAAACCGUAGCCGGUUUGCUCUUUUUGAUGCCACGCCGACUUUCGUCGCCCGCGAAGCGCCGUAAAGCAUUCUGAAAAUGCUCUCUGUUUGAUGUGCACCAAAUUUAAAUAUGCACUUUGAAGGUGAAGAAGAUUCUCCGGCCCGUUCUUCUUUCUUCUCCACACGAUGUGGAAAAGAAGACGCAAGACUACAACGACACCCACUCACCCUCGUCACGGUCGGAAAUCUUUGCACAGCUCGAUGUUGGUUAUGAUUGUGUGGCCUACUUUUGCUUUUGGGCGGGCAAUAUUUAAGUGGUUCAUUAGCGUUAUGCCCUUGAGAGCCAGGCAGCAGCAUCCGCCAGGGGGCAGCAUGCGCGAUGUCGUGCGCCGUCGGCCUGUUGCAGCUGACAGCCAAUUUUAACGGGGCGUCGCGAUAUAUUAAUGAAAAUAAAACGGCUCAGCGCUAGUAGCGGGCCCCGCGCUUCAUUUGAUGUUGCCACCAAGAGCAAAAGUACAGAGACUGAAACUGCCGGAGCGCUCACAGACGCCCACUCGCACUCCGAUCGGGGAGCAUUCUUGACGCCUAGCAUCAAGUCCGCUAAAGUUAUUUGAUAGGAGAAGCACGACCGCGAGCGUGAAGAUCGCUCCGUUGAUUUGAAAAUAGGUCCACUCAUGUUCAAGGUCCGCAGGCGGAACCGAUGAAAAGAUCCCUUCCUCUUUGGGCGCUAGAAAAGAUUUCUGAAAAAAAAAAUCGGGCUUGGAGCGAGGUCACGACAGAUCGAUUGAUGAAAGAGCUUGGAUUUUUUUUUGCAAAGCAAUCGCUUCCAGCAGUGCCAGGUGGUCACCGAAAGGAGCUACAGGUGGAGCUAGAUGAGAUCUUCAGGAGCACCAGCAUGAAGAUCACAGCAUGUAGCUCAACAACAGGAGAUCCAAAAUAAUCUAAAGUCCCCUGGUGGUCCUUGUAAUUUUUCGUUCUUUUCUGUUCUGUUCAGCCAGAAACUCCGGCUCCCCAGCGCACGAUAACAUGGCAAUAAAGACGAUCAUCCGCUGGUAGUGCCGAAGAUCGUACAAUAGAAAUCUCGAAAUCGACCGCAAUAUUAAAAAAGAACCGACCAGUUUGAUAUUGAUUAAUUAUGAUUUCUUGGAUAGGAUAGUGUUAGGUUGCAUUUCUACCAUAACUUUGCGACGACGUCAUCGAUCGAGAAGUAUACAGCUCCACCUGCUGCACCGGACUCUUCUAUUUUCGUUCGCUUUAGAAUACUAUAGCGGUUCACAUCUAUUCAAAAAAAAAUGUCUCCCGACACGAGCCCGAACCAGGAUUCGUCCACUGCCGCAAAGCGGCAGAAGACGACAGAGGAUGUUGUCGUGGACCUUGAAGAGAACAAUGGCGAGGAUCUCGUCGUCGCGACAAAAUCCACCCAAAAGCUCGCCGACGAGGGGGCAGACCGCCGCCUGCCGGUCACGGUGCUAUCCGGCUUUCUCGGGUCCGGAAAAACGACCACGUUGACGCACAUCUUGAACAACACUCAGGGGUUGAAGAUUGCCAUGAUUGUGAACGACAUGGCAAGUGUGAAUGUGGACAGCCUGCAGAUCGACAAGGUUAUAUCCUCUAGUACUACUUCUACAACAAGUUCGGGUCAUCUGCAUAUCCUGUGCAAAAGUAUGGUAUUCGUAUAAAUGCAUGUCUUGCAUUGCAAAUCUUUCUCUCAAGGCAAAUCCGCAUUAGAAAUUUUAUUUCUCAUGCUGAUGAAAUUUGUAAUGCAUUUUAUACGAGUGCGAUACUUUUGCAAUGCAUACUGCAACAUAACAAGCAAAAUAACCCGAACAAGCACCAAACUGUGAAGCCGAAGAUGGUUUCGCUGCAGAACGGGUGCGUGUGCUGUAUGGCGUUGUUCUCAACUGUUACAUUCUCAGCUGUUACAUGAAUUUGUGAUGCAAGAAUGGCAAAAGUAUAUAGGGGAGAUCUUGCGCGUCUGGCAUGACAGACUUGGCGCCGAUUAUCACCCUAUAAUUUGGCCCUCUGAGAAUUUGUCAUGCGAAGCAGCUUGAUGGUGGCGCUUCUGAAGGCAAUUUCGCAUGACAAACCAUGUAACCGUUGAGAAUGUAACGUUUGAGAACGCCAUAUGCUGCACGCUGCGGGAGGAUCUGGUGGAGCAGAUUGCAGAGCUGGCGAACGACAAAACGGCAAAUUACGACUACCUCAUCAUCGAGUCUACGGGCAUCGCGGAGCCCGUUCCCAUCGCGCAAACCUUCUGUCACUCGAUCAAGGAAUUAGAAGAGAUUGCUCGGGGGGAUGAGGUCGAGGAAGAGGAGGAGGAAGUUGUAGACGAAAAGGAUGUUGCUGACAUGAAAGAUGUUGACGACGCAAGUCGGGCGGCCGGAAAGAAGGGCGGGGAACAAGUCGUGACGGAUGGAAAAGGGUACUUGUUACAACCUACUAUACCAUGAACUACCUCUGGCUCUAGCACCCUUUAUUUGUAGAAGGUCAUCCUCCACCUCCACCACGAAGUAGAUGGUAGAACUUUCUUCGCUUUAGCUUUUGAAAAUUGAAAAACAAAAAGACCUUCUCUGGUGCAUGCUGAACAAAGCAACAUGAAAUACAAGUAGACAUGAUAAUACGUAAAACAAAUUCUCCAUCAUCUCCAAAAUUCAACAGUGCUCGCGUUCUUUCUGAAGAAGAGCGCAAGCUGGUCGCCACCCAGGCCAUUCAGCUCCAGAAGUGCACGAGACUCGACACCAUGGUCACGGUUGUCGACGCCGCCUGCAUUUGGGAGGUAUUACAGUCCAAAGAGUCGAUUAAGAAUUCCAAGUGGACGGUAGCGGAGGCGGAAGCGAGCAUCCAGGAGGAGGAGGCAAUGCUUGCUGGUGGCGGAGGGCAGACGCAGAAGACGAAGACCACCUCUGCAUCGGACGACAAAGAAGGUGCUUCAACUGGAAAGAGCGGUGAAGUAGAAGAACAGCGACCACAUGAGUUAAAAAACAAUAGCGACUUGAACCAGGGUAUUGCCGGUUUACUGAUCGCCCAGAUCGAAUUCGCAAAUGUCAUUCUCUUGAACAAGGAAGACCUGCUGGUUGAGAGCGUGCAGCGCGAGCUCGACCAAGCGAAAUCCGAACUGGAAAUAGAAGACAGCACCUGCCUGGAGUACAAGAAAAAGUUGAUAGAAAACCUGGUUACCAAAUUGAACCCUGCUGCAAACCUCUACUGGACCGACCACGGGAAAGUUGCGUGCGAGAAAAUUUUGAACACCAACCUGUUCGAUAUCCGGACCGCGGAAACCCAGGCCGGGUGGAUGCACGAACUGCUGAAGGACGACGGGACGGGGAAAGCGGCGAAGCUCGGCAAGGAGCAGAUCGGCGCGAAUACGGACGCCUGCAUGGGGACGGCGGUGCAGGCAGAGCGGUAUGGGAUUAGCUCGGUAAUUUUUCGCGCGUCCAAGCCGUUUCACCCCAAAAAGCUGUUUGAUCUGCUGAACGGCUUCGGGAAAAUCUCCGACCACGCUUUUAAGCCACCAAAGUUCAAGGAACUGUGUAAACCCGCUGCAACCGAGGAGAAUAUUGAAGAGCCGCCUGUAGUCGUGAAAAAGAAGUGCUGCGGGAGUUCCAAGUGCCCGAAGAACCAGCAAAACAAGCAGAUGCUGAACCAGUAUGUGAAAAAGGACGACAAGGAAUUGCAGUUCGCGGCCGUGAGCACCAACAGCGCUGGUGUGGAACAAGAAGAACCGCAGAAGGGUCCUGCCGUUCUUGCCGCUCAAGGUCAAGAAACGACGAGUGUCAACAAGAAGAAUCUGACGACCAGUCAGUUCAACCGGUCAGCCAUUUUCAACGGCGUAAUCCGGUCCAAGGGGCAGAUUUGGCUCGCGAACGCCUGCGGCUACCGGAUGGACUGGCACAGCGUGGGACGGCAGUUCUCUUUGAACCCCGGGCAGCCGUUUGAAUCCGCCAUGCGGGAGGCGGGCGUGGAGAGUCCGGAAGAGCUGUUUCUGCAGCAAGAGGAAAAAACCGCGUUCGGACACGGCGGAGGACGCGACGGGGAUAAUGCAACAACUCAAGAAGACGAGGAGAACAGUGUGGCUUUUAUCUUGGAGCGGAAAAAGCUGCUGAAACAGAAGGAGUUGAGUGAGCUCCAGCAGCUGAAAAAGUACGAAGGGCUUUACAAGGAGCAAGAGCUAAAAACUUGGGCGAUCGACCGGACGUCCUGCACGGAAUUGGUUUUGAUCGGCAUCGACUUGGAUGAGGAAAAAAUCGUGGCGGCGCUGAACAGCAGCCUCAUCUCCGACGAGGAAUUUGCAAAAGCGACACAGGAAAAAGCGGUUUUUGACGCGUUUGUCGAGAGGUUUUAUGAACAAGACGAGGAGAACGAGAAUGAAGAACUGCUGGAAUUGGAUGAAGAGACGAUUAAACAGAACUGCAACGGGAACUCUUCGGGCUUUGACGCGUUUUUGGAGUUGGAGGACCCUUUUUUCAUAUCAAAUGCAAAAAUGUCUGGGUCUGGAGGAUUGGGACUUGUUAUGCAUGUUGCGCAUCAUACAAAAAUCUGUGUUGCGUGACUUGCAAAAGGUGCCCAUUUCUGGCCAUACUGAGGGGGCAUUUCUCAUGCAGAACAGGCAUCACAGAAGGGCUGCAGAUCCGGUGAUGCUAGGUCCUGCAUUCCAGACUUAGUGGAGCUUGGAGAAACUGCAUGAGAAAUCUCGGAAUCUUCUAGACCCAGACAUUUUUGCAUUUGAUAUUUCAACGGGGAGGCCGCGGAACGCUUCAUGGAGUUUGAUGCCUCGGAAUUCCAGGGACAUGACGAUGACGAGGAUGGGGAGGAUGGAUCCUCGGAAGAUGAUGGUGACUUCUUGGAGAAUGAUGAAGCGUCCGAGGAGGAAGAGGCCAGUGAAAUCUGUGCGGAUGAAGAGGAGUAAGUAGACCACUCCCGAUCAGCUGCAGGAUUAGGAACUGCUUAGUUUUAGCCUUGUUGCACGCAGGCGGUCUCCACCUCCUUUCAUCUUCGCAAGUUCAAAUCAUCACGAUGAAUAAGGACCUAUUUAUGCUUGAAUAAUUGUAGAAACGCGGAAACCAAGUCCAAGAUUCUGGCGAAAGAGCAAUCUCAUCUGAGUGCUUUACUUAACAAGAAUAAACAACAGUAUAGGUAGUUGUUCGACGACGACGAUGUGUGGGAUGGUGUUAUUUCGUGUCGUCAU